AUGCGUUUCUCAACCAUACUUUCCGGGUGUCUCGUGCCCGCGCUCGCCUUGGUGGGCGCCCUUCCCCAGAGUGCCCCUUCAAAGGAGUGCAUCGCCGAUCCUCUGACGACGGACACGUGGGUGAAGCUCAAGCUGGACGAUGUGAUGGCCAAAGCCGGUGCCAAGGUGACGGUCAAGGAGAACAUGGUUCAGGGCCUUGCCGCAAGCCUUGGUGCGCCCAACUUCUUCUGCGGCCUGGAUAAUUUUUGCAACGCCGGACAGCCAUGCUCGCCGGUCAAGCUUCCCGACUGGUACGUCCUGGUGGCCAUGCAGAACUGGAACAGCUACAUGAACUCGCUCAACACGGCCAUCACCUUCGCAUCCAGCAUCCUGUCCCUGACCCUGCCCGGCAUUUCUACCGAUUUUAUACCAACAGUGGUGGACAACAUCACCCCUUUUAAGAUGAUAGUUUCCAUGAUCGGCUCUGUGAUUAGCGCCGUGCCGAUCGCAGGUCCGGUAAAGGACGGACUCGGCAAGGCCUCCCAGGCCGCCAACUCUCUGCUAAGCCUUUCCAAGCCCCCGAUCCCGGCCGACAAGUUCCUCACCUGGAGCAAUAUUGCCGGCUCCCUCGGCGAGGCCGUCAAGGCGUACCAGUCCUCGCUUACCGGCGCCUUCAGGACAGCUAUCAACGCGCCAUUCGAGGCGCCCAACGGCAUGGGCCCGCUGCUGCUGGGCGGCCAGUUCCUGGGCGUGUCCCAAAACAUCACGCAAGACGACGUGCAGGGCCCCGUCAUCGAGGCCCUUACGCGCUUCGCCGUCAGCCUGGCCCUGCAGUCGCAAAAGGUGUUUGUGAUGCGCAUGACGGGCCUGGCCCAGUGCCCUCCCAACUUUGACACGCCGGACCGCCUGUGCCAGCAGGACGGCGACACCUUCACCACCUUUUCGCUGUCGACGGCCAACGGCGAAACCACCAAGCCGGCCACCGACUUUGCGCAAAAGAUGAACGACAAGUACGGCCUCACCAAGGAUGUUUACCUGCUGGGCGUCGCCAAGUGCUUCGACGACAACGGCCAGAAGCAGCUCGCCAUCCCCUUUGACGACGGCAACCCCAUGCCGCUCGACAAGAACACCCCCUGUCUGUUCAACCUGUUGAUGUGCCCCAUGACCGUCGCCGACACGUUUGGCAGCGAUGGCAUCGCCAACACCUGUCGCAACAAAUAUGGCGUGCCUUUAUGA